CACUCUUGGACUCUACUUUCACGUCUCUUUCUCUCUAUACGCCAUUCUCUGGCUCUUCAUUCGACAAAAACCUACCAAUCCAAUGUCUUGUCUUGGGAGUCGAUCUUACUCUCUCUGAUCUCUCUCUCUCGGAGCUUAUGUCGUUAGGAGUAUCGGAGUUCGCGGACGGCGUGGCGGCACGGAGCCUAAGCGAGAUCUCAGAGCUUGACGCCGUAAGAAUCGGAACUGAUAUUGUAUCGGCGGCGAGACGUCUCAUCGUGCUCUUAAGAUCCAUCGGAGACUGUCAAUGGCUUCAUCACCCACCAGUCAUUUCCGAAGCUAUUAGACGGUACGAGGAGCUGUGGAUGCCGUUGAUUUCUGAUCUAACGGUUGGUUCGAAGCCUCCCAUAAUUCUACCUCCUCUUGAUGUUGAAUGGGUUUGGUUUUGUCAUUCCUUAAAUCCAGUAAGUUACAGAGACUAUUGUCAAAAGAGAUUCUCAAAACUUAUAGGAAAACCCGCGAUUUUCGAUGAAGAGAACGAGGAUUACGCGGUUUCGCAAUGCGAAAAAUUCUGGAUUAGGAGAUAUCCAGAUGAGAGUUUUGAAAACAGAGUCGAUCCUGACUCUCCUGAGAUUGUUUCAUCAGCUAAUGAAGAUAUCAAAACUCAAGUAGAGAAACUGAGGUUUGUCUGGGAGAAGUUUUCAGCACCUUACAUGUCUGAAACUGUUUACUUGAUCGCUGCUAGGUUACGGUACAAAGGUUUCUUGCUGAUUCUACACAAGUUCAAGGACGAGAUUUCUCGUCUUGUCCCAGCUUCAGAUAUACUACUCAUGUGGCUCACUCACCAGAGCUACCCGACGAUAUAUACAGAGGAUGUUGGUGAAAUGUUGGAAGAGACGAUGAUAAAAGUGGUUCGAGAUGGAGAGGCAGUAGAGAAGAGUGAAGUGGAAACAACAAAGAAACUUUGGAAUAGAUAUUUUAAUCAACCAUAUGAAAAAGCAGGCGGCGAAUUGAGUGUAGUAAUAACGAAAGAGUCUCGUCUCUGCAACAGCACAAUGUUUUAUUGGCCCGUCUCUGAUAUAGAUAUUAACACCGCGUAUAAGUCCAUUCGACCAAGAUUUGUCCUAGAAUUAUGUAUAUUUAUAAGGCUGAAUCCAAAGGCAGAGCAGAAAGAGUCAAGUUUUCUUCGUUUGAGAGUUGCUAGAUGUCAUCGGAAGCUUCAACUUGAUAAGAAACUAACUGAUCUGUCCGCGGAUGGUACGUGGCAAAAGGGGUGGCAUAUAUACUGCGAGUUUGGAACACAAGGAGUAGUUUUGGAAUCUCAUUGUGACCGUCGACGAAGUCGUGGGAUUUGCUUGGGAAAGAAAAAACCGGAAGAGAUGAUAGCGUUUCUGUGGAAUGAUCUGCUAAGAGCAUAUUCCCUAGCGUCGGGUAGGUUUCUAGGGAAGCAAGUGAGUGUGUUUGCGUCCGUUACUCCUCCGGUUCAAGCGCCAUACUUGCUGCGAUUUGUACCGGAUAGAGUUACGGAUGAUUCAGGUGCUAUGAUAUCUGAUUCAAUUCAAAGAACAAACAACUUCCGGCCUCAAGAAGGAAGAUGGCUUACUCGGACCGUUCUUGAUCAUGCUGGUCGUGAAUGUUUUGUCAUCCGUAUCCGAGUCGGGAAGGGAGUUUUUAAACGCGGAAGUGAAGUUCCAUCUCCGGUGAAAUCAGAGGAGAGGAUAACAGAGAUACGAGUCGGUUCCUGGUCUUAUGUCGAGGGUUCAAUCGGUAAAGCUCCAGUAAAGGUGGUAGGAACCGUGACGCCUAAAGAACCGGUGGAGGAUUGGGAUGCGGCCUGGGAAUUUUCAUCUGGAGACGAAUUGUUCAUCCGGUGGGACUCGUCAGGAUCUAUAUCAGAACUCGGUUUACAGUCAAGAAAGCCUGGUUCGCUGGUUAGGCUACUAACUGGACGGCGAAUGCAGUAUAAAGGAGACAGUGAAGAAGACGAGCAAGGUAUUGUAACAAUGGUUAGAUCGACAGAAGAAGACCCAACCGAAAAAGCAACAGCUUUGAUCGAUUGGAAGCAUCAAGCAGUUGAAUUUUUGCCCGAGGAAGACGCGGUUUUCGUCUUGCUAUUGUCGGUAUCAAUUCUAAGAAGCGUGACUCAGAAAAGAAGAGAAGACGUUGGUAAAUUGCUGGUACGGAAAAGGAUAACCGAAGCAACUGGUGAACGGGAUUGGGGAUCAGUAAUCGUCGAUGCUUCAUCAUCAAAUGUAUCUUCUUCUAGUCCAUAUUUAGAGCCGUGGUAUCGAAACUCUGGUAAGGUUAUGGCGAUGGAGGAGAAAGCACAGGUGGCAAGGUAUCCGUAUCCAGUAAUGAGCUAUUCUAAUGUUGAUGGUGGUGAUAGUUUGUACAAGCAUGUAAUAUUCGGGUGACUUUAAAGAACAACUGCAUGUUUUUAUUUUAGUCAGACGGAUUGGUCUAAACAAAACUUAUACGAUGGAUGCUAUCAUGGCUUUUACAAGUU